AGCUCAGAGGCGCAGCAGCAGUGUGUCAGUGUGAGUGUGUGUGUGAGAGAGAAAAAGCGCGAGAGAGAGAGAGAGGAGAAAGGAGAGACAGAGAGAGAGAUUACUUAAUUGCUGCUUUGGUAACGGGAGAGCACGGAGCGAGGUUUUGCGCAAUGGCUUUCCUCCUUUUUAAAAUUAGUAUACUUUAUAGGCUACCUGCACUUUAAACUGUUCAUGUACAUGAAACACAAGUCUGUUGAUUGCAUUUCGACAUUUUCGACGCCAAAAAUAGCCUACGACAGCAGGAAAGAUGUGGACUAUACCCAAACCCCGAUAUAGGAACUGCAACAGUUUGGACACGAGGGAUGAAGCCGAGAUAGCCGUGAACAUUGGCGGGGUGAAGCUCGUUUUAUACGGGGAUGUGCUUAACCGCUACCCGGAGAGUCGACUUGCAGAACUUAUCAACUGCUCAACUCUGAAUUAUGACAUUAUCUACUCACUUUGUGAUGACUACGACCCCGGUAAAAGGGAGUUUUAUUUUGACCGGGAUCCUGACGCUUUCAGAUGUAUCAUUGACGUGUAUUACUUCGGUGAGAUUCACAUCAAACGAGGAAUCUGUCCCAUUUGUUUUAUUAAAGAGAUGGAAUUCUGGAAAAUUGACCAAAGCUAUUUGGACGAGUGCUGUAAAAGUGACUUGACUGAAAAAGAGGAAGAGCUGGCUGAGAUUGCCAACAAAGUGAAGCUUAUCUUGGAUGAUCUAGAUGUGGUCCCUUCUGUCAACCGCUCAGCGCGGUACCAAAAGUUCCUUUGGAAACUCAUGGAGAAACCAGAGUCCUCAUUGCCUGCGCGCAUUAUCGCCAUUGCAUCUUUCCUCUUUGUCCUUGUGUCAUCCUUGGUGAUGUGCGUGGGUACCAUUCCAGAAGUCCAAAUGGAGGACGACGAGGGAGACCUUGUGGAACACCCAACGCUGGAGGCCAUCGAGACAGCCUGCAUAGGCUGGUUCACCGUAGAAUAUCUGCUGCGUUUUAUGUCCUCCCCAAACAAACUGCACUUUUUCCUAUCCUUUAUGAACAUAAUAGACUUCAUGGCUAUCAUGCCCUUUUACGUGGUGCUGACCCUAACUUACCUGGGUACGACCAUGAUGGAUCUGGCCAAGGUCCAGCAAGCGGUCCAGGCGCUUCGCAUCAUGCGUAUUGCCCGGAUCUUCAAACUGGCGCGUCACUCCUCCGGGCUACAGACUCUCACCUAUGCGCUGAAGAGGAGUUUCAAAGAGCUGGGGUUGCUCCUUAUGUACAUGGGCAUAGGGAUAUUCGUGUUUUCAGCACUGGGCUACACCCUGGAGCAAAGCCACCCGGAGACCCUCUUCAGUAGCAUCCCACAGUCCUUCUGGUGGGCUAUUAUCACCAUGACGACCGUAGGCUAUGGAGACAUUUACCCCAAAACCACGCUCGGAAAGUGCAACGCAGCCAUCAGCUUCCUGUGUGGGGUGAUAGCCAUCGCGUUGCCCAUUCACCCCAUUAUCAACAACUUCGUUAUUUUUUACAAUAAACAGAGAUUGCUCGAGACUGCGGCCAAGCACGAGCUGGAGCUCAUGGAGUUGCAGUCUAGCGAGGACUCAAUGGUGAAGGCCACGCGCAAGUCUGGCGCAUUGGGCGCAUUGGAGAGCUCUAUGCGCCCCUCACGUAGUGAUAAUUCUAUACCACUUAUUGAGGAAUCAACCAGGACUUUGAAGUCGAAAAAGUAUUGCUCCGAAACAGAAUCGUUUUAACUUGACAUAGACAUAGGCCUAUUGUAUAGUGACGCGUUUCAAUUCCACGAGAAAUUGGCUAGCUUCUACACAGUAAAUCAAGGAUAGUUGAAAUCACAGUGUUAAAAACUUUUGGGUUAAAUUGACUCUACUGGGAGUUAUUUUAACCCUCAAGAGAGUGAUAUUAUCUGUGGAGUUAGUGUUGAUAACUGGAGUUGAUUGGGACAGAGUACUUUAGGAGCAACCAGAGACAAGGAAUUAAAUACAGUGCCUUGCGAAAGUAUUCGGCCCCCUUGAACUUUGCGACCUUUUGCCACA